AUGCCGGUAGUUACAUGUUGUGUGGAAUUCUGUGCGGUGGGUAUCCCACUGAUCGUCAGUUCGUUUGUGAUGAUAGCUGCCUUUGCUCUUCAUCUGUGUGGAGCUGUCGCCCCUGCCUGGUUCGACUUUACGUAUACCUCGUCAGGAACGAGCGGGUAUCAGGGGCUGUGGAGUCAUUGUACCAUCGUCAGCAACAACAUAUGCUGUGGUACCGUCAGCAACUACUACAGCACUAACGGAGGGGUCCCAGACUGGCUGACGGCGUCCCAGUACAUUGUCGCAAUAUCGCUGUGUACCGGUGCUGCCUCCAUUGUCCUGGUCUUUGUAGCCUCCUGCUGUGCAUCUAAGACGAUCGCCAUCCCUGCUGUUGCCACCACCAUUUUGACAAAGAUGGACAUGAAACUGACCAAUCAGAAUGCAGAGAUCCUUCGGUCAGUCUGUUUAGAUUUUGGUAUCACUGCCCAGCUCUUCACUCAGAGCUUGGACGAAGAAUAA